CUGUAGACGCGGCCGCGGCUGCGCACACGGGGCUUGGCCUACAUGGGGGAGGAACGCUGACACCGACUAGGCGACAAUACACGGCCCGGCGAACACACAUACACACGGAGGGAGCAUUGGCGGCAGCCUGUAGGGACAGGCCCAUACUCCCGACAGAGGCCCAGCCGAGAGAGUGAGGGGCGGCCGCUUCCCUUCACCCGCCGCGGCGCGGUUUGCUUGCAGUCCCCGAGGCCCGGGGUCUGGCGUGGCCCAGGCUGCCCGCCGCUGCACCAUGUACUGCCUGCAAUGGCUCCUGCCAGUGCUUCUCAUCCCCAAGCCGCUGAACCCGGCGCUGUGGUUCAGCCACUCCAUGUUUAUGGGCUUCUACUUGCUGAGCUUCCUACUGGAGAGGAAGCCGUGCACCAUCUGCGCCCUGGUCUUCCUCGCCGCCCUGUUCCUCAUCUGUUACAGCUGCUGGGGCAACUGCUUCCUUUAUCACUGCGGCGGGUCUCCGCUGCCCGACUCGGCACACGACCCCAGUAUUGUGGGCACCUAGUUACAGCAAGACCUCGCCACACAGUCGCAACUACGUUAUUCUCGUCUUCCUGGUGGCGGUCUCUUCCUUCUCCGACACCGUGCGGUUCCUUGGACAAGUGGACGUGGUGAUCUCGGAAACUUCGCCAGAGCAGAUCUGGAUUUUCCUUUCACCGCAUUCUUGCUUCCAAAAAUGCUGGCUGAUGUGAAAAAUAUUCGUCUAUCGCUUCCUCUACAAAGGGUGAACUGCCGACGAGAAGCAAGACUUGCAUGGAUUGUAUUUAGAGCUUGCGCUGUGAACGAUUACUGAAACUCGACUCAGUAUUCUACGGUUCUUUCAAACCCCCAGAAGAAGUGGCCUUCUUGCAAUCUCAAUUUCGUGGAAGUGUUUGGUAUUGGUUGUCAAAGUUGGAAAUGAUCAACCUCCAACAGAGACCUGAUGUCUAUUACCAGUCUUCAAGUUCUUGAGGGUGACUUUGAAGAUACUUCUCUGGCUAAUAUUGUGCAGGACUUUAUUCAGUGGGAGGUAUUGGUGUUCAUGAAGUUAAUUUAGGGUAUCGUAUACACUUUUCAUUUGGUGUGCGUGUUUCCUGGCCUUUCUAUGACAAGGAUGCUAUUUUUGCACAAUUUUGUUAGCUGAAAUAGUAUCGCUUUUGUGUUUAAAAGUGCAGGGAUUUAGUGUAGGUUACAAUUAAAUGAAAUGUUUCACAGUUUACAUAUCCAGUUUAUUUUUGCACAGUGGGUUUGAAAUUGAGGUACAUGUCAUAUUAUAAAUAUUGUAAAUGUUUAUAUAAAUAAAUAUAAAUGUUGGCAAUAUUGAUAUUAAACUUCCAGUUCAUUAUCUUUGUGCCACCAGGAAGUGCAUUUCAUUCAUUGUUUUAGCUCUUUUUCGUAUGUGAAUUGAGCUACUUGAGAUUGUUUGGUUGUGAUAUUUCCACUUAAUCUGUGUUGAUCAUGUUUUAAACCCACUUGUGCACUUCUAUCUGCGUCUGUGAUGUGCGAGCGUGUUGCAUGAUGCAGUCUACAGCACCAAAUGUUUUUAAAUGAGCUUCAGAAAAUAAAACGGGUUUACAGCA